GGUGAGACCGAACCCCCACUUUUCCCAGCGCCUCCCGCUUUUUCCACCAGGUUUUAUACCGGCCCCUCUACCCCACCCCCGAUUCCCUUACAUCUUCUGCGAAGUUGCCUUCUACUUAACAAGUGUCUUUUUAACCCUGUGUUUAUCACCCUCGAGGUAGGAGGGAAAGGGUUUCUGCAGUGGCACGAUUUUAAUACCACCUGUGAGGUCUUAAACUUGGGAUUUUAACAACAGUCUUUGCCCGAGGUCUCCUCUCAGGGCCCAACCCAAGAAGGCAAGGUGGGCACUUCCUCACGCCCCGCGGUCCUGCCGAGUCCCUGCGGUCGGUUCGCAGUUGUGGAAACCCAGGUUUCUUACGCAGAUGGUGGCCCCUAGCCCAGAAAAUCGAAGGCGGCCCCUGCCCGCUGGCAUGCCGGCUUCAUGUUUACGCCUGCAAAAUCCGCAGUGACUGUCACUUGCAAAGCUGCCUCUGCAGAGGGACGUCCUCCCCACUCCGUGCCCCGGCAGUCCCGCUACGGCUGGCAGCUGGAGCCCCUCGGGUGGCCAACAGUGAGGCUUGGAGAGGCGUCGUGGACAGAUCUGGGUCGCUUUCAGCCCUCGGGUCCCUCCCGGCUUCGCUCGGGACCUGGCUCUCAAGUCAGCUUGGCUGGUGGACAGACCGGCGCGCUCUGCGCACCCGAGUGCGAAUUCCACCGGCGUGAGCGUGAGCGUGCGCGUGGUCCUGGCCCUGCGGUCCCUGGGUCUCAGCGGUUCCCUCUCCCAGGCCGCCCCCUCCAGGUGGACGCGGUCAAACGAUGCCCGGCAGCCGCCUGUGUCUCAACACAUAUUUCACACCCACGUCCCCUGGCCUGUGCUCCUAGAAGCUGGAGACAGCAGGAGCCUUCGGUGGGGCAGCUCAAAAUGUAGGUAACUGCGGGCCAGGAGCAGUGCCCAGAUGCCAUCGGUCCCUGCCUUUGAGCGUCGACGGCUGAUCCUUUGGUUUGAGGGGGAGACUGGCGCUGGAAUUUUGAAUUCCGAAUCAUGUGCAGAAUGCUGAAUCUUCCCCGAGCCAGGACGAAUCACACAACGCGGAAAAGCAGACUCUCGUAAUUUUGGAAUUGCAUGUUGCAAGAAGUCUCCUGGAUCUUCACGCCCACCCUCGGGUAGGGAGGGAGUUGGGGUCCGGGCUAGGCCAGCCCAGCAGGUGGAGAGGGUCCCGGGCAGCCCCGCGCGCCCCUGGCCAUGUCGCCUUUAAUGCCCUGCCCCUUCGUGUGGCCUUCUGAGGGUUCCCAGGGCUGGCCAGGGUUGUUUCCCACCCGCGCGCGCGCUCUCACUCCCAGCCAAACCCAGCUGGCAGGGCUCCCUCCAGCCGAGACCUUUUGAUUCCCGGCUCCCGCGCUCCCGCCUCCGCGCCUGCCCGCGGGGUGGCCCUGGAGAGCCGGACCUCGCCCGGCCCCGGCUGGGACCAUGGUGUUUCUCUCCGGAAAUGCUUCCGACAGCUCCAACUGCACCCAACCGCCGGCACCGGUGAACAUUUCCAAGGCCAUUCUGCUCGGGGUGAUCUUGGGGGGCCUCAUUCUUUUCGGGGUGCUGGGGAACAUCCUAGUGAUCCUCUCCGUAGCCUGUCACCGACACCUGCACUCAGUCACACACUACUACAUCGUCAACCUGGCGGUGGCCGACCUCCUGCUCACCUCCACGGUGCUGCCCUUCUCCGCCAUCUUCGAGGUCCUAGGCUACUGGGCCUUUGGCAGAGUCUUCUGCAACAUCUGGGCGGCAGUGGAUGUUCUGUGCUGCACCGCGUCCAUCAUGGGCCUCUGCAUCAUCUCCAUCGACCGCUACAUCGGCGUGAGCUACCCGCUGCGCUACCCAACCAUCGUCACCCAGAGGAGGGGUCUCAUGGCUCUGCUCUGCGUCUGGGCACUCUCCCUGGUCAUCUCCAUCGGACCCCUGUUCGGCUGGAGGCAGCCGGCCCCCGAGGACGAGACCAUCUGUCAGAUCAAUGAGGAGCCGGGCUACGUGCUCUUCUCAGCGCUGGGCUCCUUCUACCUGCCGCUGGCCAUCAUUUUGGUCAUGUACUGCCGCGUCUACGUGGUGGCCAAGAGGGAGAGCCGGGGCCUCAAGUCUGGCCUCAAGACCGACAAGUCGGACUCGGAGCAAGUGACGCUCCGCAUCCAUCGGAAAAACGCCCCUGCAGGAGGCAGCGGGGUGGCCAGCACCAAGACCAAGACGCACUUCUCGGUGAGGCUCCUCAAGUUCUCCCGGGAGAAGAAAGCGGCCAAAACGCUGGGCAUCGUGGUGGGCUGCUUCGUCCUCUGCUGGCUACCUUUUUUCUUAGUGAUGCCCAUUGGGUCUUUCUUCCCUGAUAUCAAGCCCUCUGAAACAGUUUUUAAAAUAGUAUUUUGGCUCGGAUAUCUAAACAGCUGCAUCAACCCCAUCAUAUACCCAUGUUCCAGCCAAGAGUUCAAAAAGGCCUUUCAGAACGUCUUGAGAAUCCAGUGUCUCCGCAGAAGGCAGUCUUCCAAACAUGCCCUGGGCUACACCCUGCACCCGCCUAGUCAGGCCCUGGAAGGGCAGCACAAGGACACGGUGCGCAUCCCCGUGGGAUCAGGAGAGACCUUCUACAGGAUCUCCAAGACAGAUGGCGUUUGUGAAUGGAAAUUUUUCUCUUCCAUGCCCCGUGGAUCUGCCAGGAUUACAGUGUCCAAAGACCAAUCCUCCUGCACCACAGCCCGGGUGAGAAGUAAAAGCUUUUUGCAGGUCUGCUGCUGUGUAGGGCCCUCAACCCCCAGCCUUGACAAGAACCAUCAAGUUCCAACCAUUAAGGUCCACACCAUCUCCCUCAGUGAAAACGGGGAGGAAGUCUAGGACAGGAAAGAUGCAGAGGAAAGGGGAAUAAUCUUAGGUACCCACCCCACUUCCUUCUCAGAAGGCCAGCUCUUCUUGGAGGACAAGACAGGACCAAUCAAAGAGGGGACCUUCUGGGAAUGGGGUGGGGGGUAAACCCAACUCAUUAGGCAGUGGAUAGGGCACAGGGAAGAGGGAGGGUUUCUCACAACCAACCAGUUCAGAACGAUACGGAACAGCAUUUCCCUGCAGCUAAUGCUUUCUCGGUCACUCUGUGCCCGCUUCAACGAAAACCACCAUGGGAAACAGAAUUUCAUGCACAAUCCAAAAGACUAUAAAUACAGGAUUAUGAUUUCAUCAUGAAUAUUUUGAGCACACACUCUAAGUUUGGAGCUAUUUCUUGAUGGAAGUGAGGGGAUUUUAUUUUCAGGCUAAACCUACUGACAGCCACAUUUGACAUUUAUGGGGAGAGGGCCUAGAGAGGAAGAGCAUUAAGAUGGUGGCCAAGAUCCAGACACAUUAUUUUUAGAGCAAGUUCUGAAACUCCACCCUUUCUGACACAUCCAAUUUCUCAGCUUGAGGGAAACUUGACAGUCAAGUUUAUCUUUGGCUGCACUUUGAAUGGAUGCUGCUCCUCAUUUCCCAAAGAUGAGAGUGAGGGGCACUCAUGAUGUCUCAGAAUGUAGCAUUCUCUAUCCUGGGGUCAGGAGAGCGUUGAAAGAACCAACCAGGGCGGUAUGGCUUUUCCCAAGAGAAGACAGUAGACCUGAGCAUCAUUCUUUCAAUUUAACUACUAGAGAGAAAACCCAUUAAACAGUUCCAAGAUCAGAUGAUGAUAGGCUUUCUCUCUAAUAUCUUUAAACAUCAAGAGCUUGGGGUGGCUGUUAAUUUCUUGCAAAGACAGAGGCUGUUCACUUACUGCACAGCCAUUUCAACAUGGCUUACAAAAGGCUUUCUUGACAAAUCACUUACCUGUUCCAGAACUCUGUUAUGAAAAUCCAGAGCUUAUAAUAUUUUGAAAGGCAAAAAUUGUCUCCCAUUACUUCUCAUCUGCUUCACUAUUGCAUAAUGAAUGAGCUUCACCUGUGGCAUGUUGGAAUGAGCCUUAUGAUCCAAAUACAUUCUUCCAGAACUUUGAAAUAUACUAAUGCUUAGCUUCAGAGAGAUACUGAUGGAUCACCAAAGAACUGUCUAAAGCAGGAGUUUGCAAACAUUUUUUGAUAGAAGCCCAUUUGUUCUGGAAAAAGAUCCAGUAGUCAACUCAACUUCAUCUAUUCCUACUUUGCUGCAAGAACUUGGGGAACAUGCUAUAUUUUGCUUUAUGUGUACCAAAUUUUGGUAAACCAUAAUAACUCAGUACAGAACUUGCGUAUCUCUUUCCUGAAAUGCUUGGAACCAGAAGUGUUUCAGACUACAGAUUUUUUCAAAUUUUGAAAGACUUGCAUAUACAUGAUCAAAUAUCUCUGGGAUGGGACCCAAGUCUAAACACAAAAUUCAUUUAUGUUUCAUAUACACUGCAUAUGCAUAGCCUGAGGGUAAUUUUAUACAAUAUUUUUAAUUGACUGUUUUGGACUACAACCCAUAGACAUGAGGUCAGGUGUGGAAUUUCCCACCUGUGGCGUCAUGUCGGUGCUCAAACAAUCUCGGAUCUUAGAGCAUUUUGGAUUUCAGAUUUUCGGAUUAGGGCUGCUCAAGCUAUAGUUUACUAAUGAGGAAGAUGGUAACUAUAUGCAAAAAUUAUAUAUGGCUGCCGUUCCACAAUAAGGAUUUAAAAUAGGAUUUAUGUUUUUGGAAAAUUCUUGACAACAAUCAGUGGUCUAAAACUAAAGACCAUUUGCCUAGCCUCUUUCCUCUAUUAGGGUAAUUCCUCCAAGAAAUUCAAAGCAGCUCUAACCUUCACAGCAAGAGUGGUGGCCUCAUCAUCCUUUUCUUCUUCCCUUGCAGCAAAAUGAUAAUUUCCUUAAAUCCUUGUCUAAAAAAACAAAUCUCUUUCCACGUUGCAAUGGAGGGUAUGUUUGUAUGUUUAUUUGAGUUUUGUUAUAGGUUGUGUUGAGACCUGGAGUGUGACUGUUUUUUCAGCCUUUUUCUGAAGAGUGUCUUCUUACUGGCCAGACACAUAUUCAGCCUUGUGUUCAGAACUUGGAUUCUGGCACUGAGAUGUUGGCUGGAUUUUUAGACUCUUCUGUUCUCUCUGUGUGUCCCAUAAGAGCUCUGCCAGAUGUGGAUGUCCUAUUAUAGAGGCAGGCAUCUAGGAAGAACUUGAAUAUGCAAACCCUCGCUUCUCUUUGGCCUUGAUAGGAAAGAUCAGUUUCAUUGCUGACAAGAGUUUGGUCCAGAAUCUGAGUAAGAAAAUCACUUGCCCCGCUCCUCCUUACAGAAAGAGCGUCCCCACGGGAAGAAUGACUAUCAUUUUUCUUCAGCGAAUUAUGAUUCCAUGUUAGAGAUGAUCCUUUAAACACCUUUACAGACACAUUUAAAUUUUAGAUAUGGGAAAGCUUAGAAACACAGGAAAUCUGGCGCUAAUGCCACAUCUAAUCUAAAUAAACAACUAGAGAAUCUUUCGGUCAUCAGAUUAAAACCAUGACAAUUGUAUCCAUGUAAAACUAUCCGUAAAUAAUUGUCUGCUACACUCUUCUCCAGCUCCCUCUCUCCAGGGAGGUAAACUUUUAACAUUUUUUUCCUUUCCCAUAGCAUGAUACACCAAUUUUACAAGAAAUUGAUAACGUCAACCAAAACUUAGUCAAAGUGGGGUAAACAAUAUAUGAGUUGAAUUACUUUUCGCUCAUUCCCCCUCAAUCUCUGUACCUUUAGGCAUGCCAAAAAAUAUCUAAAAUUGUUGCAGUUUAUCAAAUGAUUGUCAUAUUUAUACUCACAUGUUUACUGCUUCUAUUUGGAGUUUGAGGAAUUUACCCAGAGUAACGAUGUCUUCUCUAAUGUGUUAUAAAAAGUACUUGCUUUGGGAUUGUCUAAAUAUCACAAAAAUCAACAUGACAUUAUGGGAUAGGGAAAAUUUGAGUUUAUUCUGACAUUAUGGGAUAGGGAAAUUUUGAGUUUAUUCUGCAACUCAAACUGCAUGCAUUAAGAGAGACCCUGAAUCUCGUUAUUCAAAAAUUUCCCCAGACUAUGUCAAGGAUUUCAGAAAAGCAUUUUACUCGUCAGUUUUCUUUCGUUUGCCUCUCUCAUGUCUUAUCCAAGAGGAUAGUAGUCACAUAGCAUGUCUAACACUCUCCAAAAUAUUCAAAAAUAAAUAUUCCAUGGUAGACAGUAGUGUUUGGGUAAACAAAUAUUCUCUUAAGAUUUUUCUGUUAGGUCAUACUGUGUGCCAGGCAUCUGCAGGAAAUUUUGCCCCCAUUGCCUCUAAACUCCCUGGAAACUCUGCUACCUCUAUUUUACAGAUAAAAAUCCCAUCAUUGUGAGAGGUUAAGGACUUGCCCAAGGCCAAGGGGGAACCAUGAUUUAAACCUAGGUCUCCCUAUUCUCAACCUGCACAUUUUCCAUAUCCCUCCUUCCUCAAGAGAAUGGGGGUAAAAGUUUUCCCAUUUGGAUUGGUUGUGCUAAGAAUGCCAAGCCAUAUCCAAACUUUUUAAUGUUCUGUUUCCUUGGGAUUUGCCUCCAAAUUAACCAUGGCAAACAUGCUGCCAAAUCUCCAGCCCAGUCAAACCCAAGAGCAGGGCAUCUGUGGAAGGGUUUGGUGUCUGCACUUCUAACUAUCAGACUGCACCACAUUUUUAGGAGUUAAUGGCCUGGAAUGUGAUUAAGGCCUUGCAAGGGGGACAUACUAAUGGCACGUUGGGGGAAGAUGAGCAUAGAAGAGAAUGCAGAAGGGGCCGCAUUGGCCAAGAACAGUAAAAUGCAGUUGCAGACAGGACACAUAUCGGGUGUUGUAUUGAAGUUAUUGAUGACCAACCACAGUUCAUAGAAACACUUUCGGGGAGUACAUCCAUUUUAAAAAUAAAUGAAAACAAAUACAACAUAACUCACUCUCACUCACCUGUAUUCCAACUACUUUUUUAGUUGGACAGAGGGGAAUGGAUUUUUUUAGUUGGACAGAGGGGAAUAGAUAUUUCACCAAGAAUUGCAGACAGCAUAUCGAGCAUAUGAAUUUUAUAAUGCCACCGUGGGGAAAGGGUUCAGAAUGUUGAUCUCCAGGUAGCUGGAGACCUAGGCAGUCUGAAAAUUAGGAGCCAGUUGGAAGUUAUGGCUAUGUAUUAUGUGACAUCGCUUGUUCCUAAUUUCUUUUCACAAGUGAACACUGGAUAGCCUGACCUUCUGGCCCAGUAGGUUUCAUGGUUAAGACCGGGGAGUGAGAACAUUUUAGGAACUAUUUGCUUGGGCAGGUAAUUGUUCACUCUUUGAUCACGGCUACUUAAUCAGAGCUUGACAGACUUUCUCAAUUGCUUCUGGGGCUGCUCUGCUCAGGUCCUUUAGCCAAAAAUGAUGCUGCCUGUGUGUAUGAAUACUUGUUGACUUAAUUAAAGAAAGAGCUCUGCUCAUCAGCAAAGGGCACCCAAGCAGAUGAGAGGUAAACUCUCCAAGGUAAACUCUGCAAGGAAAAACCAGGUGAAAAGAAAGCAGAGGAGGCAAAUACGGAGACAUCAGAGGUAUGCUUACCAGUUACUCUGAUUUUUUUUACACUACUAGGACUUUUAACCAUGAAACUACCUGCACACAGCUCCAGUGGAGCCCAGUUGGAACACUGUUUGCACCGCUCCGUGUCUGCAGACUGUGCUGGGGAGCUGGGCUGAGCCAGGCUGCUGUGGUGCCCACCAUCUUCAGAAAGCAAUGGCAGCUGUGGCCUCCUGGCCCUCCAGAACCCCUGGGAGUGGAGUGAGUGGAGAUGACCGUUGUGGGGCUGGGCUGACAAAAGCAAGUUAGGAUUUCAGAGGAGGACACCAGCCCUGCUCCCAUCAGCAUUAGCUCAUUCGCGCUCCCCAGACCCAAAUGUCGUGGAGGAGGGGUUGAGAAUGGGCCGUAUCUACUCUAUGCAGGAAAUUGUCAUUUCUGCUUUGCUGCUGAAACAUGCAUUACUGGUUCUCCCACCUAAAAGGAAGGUUGUGGGGUUUGGGGGUGGAGGGGUUUAGAAGCAGGAAGAUUUACCAUAGACAUCACUCAAAGCAGGAUGCUUGAGUCAUGCCUUGCUGCAACUGAUAAACAAGGAACUGCCCUAAAGAUUAUGGCUUAUUCAUUUCAAAAGACAAAAUAAUUGCCUUUCCUUUUUGUGUGGCUCAGUUAUUAUUUUAGGCUCAGGAGUUAUUACUUUACUUUUUCUCCAUAUCAUAUUCAGUGGAGCCACGUUAUAAGCUGAAAAUGACUAUUACUAAACUAUAAAAACUACAGACUUAAUUAGGCAGAAAAUUUAAGAGCAAAUGUACACUGUAUUUGGAGAAAAAACAUGAAGGCACUGGCUUCUUCAAAAGCCUGGGUCCCAUAGGUGCAUUCAAAUGCAGUAGAGAGAAAGCUAAGACAGAUAAUCCCAACUUGAGUUUACUAUUUCUGUCCAUUUAUAUAGCACUUUAUAUUUGUCAAAGUAAUUGUGCCUAUCUUAAGUCAUCCCUGUGCAGUAGAAGGAGAAGAAAUAGAUUAUUACCUACACUUUAGCAUAUAAAGAAAAGAGGAGGUGGGAGAUUUAAGGGUUUAUUUGAAUAUCCCCAAAGCCAGCCUCCGACUCCUUUUUCCAUGACACCUCAGUGUUUCCCAGGUCCACUGUGUUUCUCGACACUCUGACUUUCAUAUCUCACUCAUUUGUCCCUGACCUAUAAUCCCAGCUCUAUUGGCACUUUCUUUCCCGCCUUAUCUCUGCCAUGGCUGGGCGGCAUGCCACUGUUGUAGGGGCCAAGGGCAUAUUUGUCUAUGCUUCUGUCAUUGACUGACAGACAAGCACAGGUGAUUCUGUUCUUUCUCCCUAGAUGGCAGCAGCGGAGCCAAGGAAAUAUGCAGGGCAGGAGGCUCUUGGUUUGCUCCACAGGGUGACAUGUAAGGCAGUGAUUGUCACCUUAAUGUCCUCAGGAAUGCAGAGGUCCCAAAGGGAGUUUGGGGAAUAAUUAUUUUCCCAGUCAGCCUGUGGGUCAUUGCACACCCACUGGUCAUCAGCAGCAGCAAACAACCUCUCCUGCACCCUGCCCUGCACUUGGCAUGAAAAAGAGGCACAGAGAGUCCCCAGCUUACAAGCUGGAUGGAGUCCGGGUUCAUCUAUUUCAAAGUCAAGAAAGCAUUUUUCCAAGAGGCAUUGUUAUAAAUGGGGGAGGGGGAGGAUGUUCCCAGAUGAACCAAAAAAUAAAAAUCUAUUUAAUGUACCUUA